UACACGGAUCUUCUCGCUGUCUCCAUCACCCGAUAUCCGCUACGGGCAAUAGCGGCUGCAGCCUCCCCCGACCAGAGCCACACGAGUAGGCUAUAGGCCUACUGCCACUCCAACGUCCCAAUCAGCGAACCCAGAAUCGGACAGCUCGCCGAGGAGCAGUGGAGCGACGUUAUUCGGCUUCAUUCGGCGUUGUCUGUGCUGCUUCUGCCCCUAAUAUGUGUGUCGGCAGGUGCUGCCUCCCUGCCCUCCAUCAUAGCGCGUGUGGAGCGCGGGGGGCUGAGUGAGGGGGGGCGCCCCCAGGGCAUGGGCAGUGUGGCCAGUGGGGAAUCCUCCUGGACCACCACCUCCUCUGGCCAGCAGCAACAGCAGCAGGAGAUCGCCAUGCGGAGCGUGGGCACCCGCACCACCCAGCAGAACAGCCUGCCUCGCGCCCCCCCACCACCCCCCUCCUCUUCCUCCUCCACCUCCAACUCCACCCACAGGGGCAGGAGCUUGGAAGAUAGGAGUUACAGCAUUGAGAGGUCCUCACAGCAACCUCCUCCCCUGACCCAUGCUAAGGGGACUACGGCGGACGAACGCAGCUUUGCCACCGUCGAGAACACUUCUUCUUCUUACUACGGCAGUGAGCGUCCUCCUCCGCUCUGCGAGGGGGCAGAGAGAGAGAGGACCCCUGUCCAUAACAACAGCAACAGACAGGUCUCCAAUGGCAAUCGGGGCGUUUCCAAUGGGAACCGAGCGGCGGCGGGUAACAGCGAGAGGCAGGUUGCCAAUGCAGUGUUUCUGAAUGGAGGCGGGCGGCGUGAUGGGCGUGACCAGAGGGAUGGGCGUGACCAGAGGGAUGGGCAGGGCCAGAGGGAUGGGCGUGACCAGAGGGAUGGGCGUGAUGGGGGUAGAGAGGUGCCAAGAGGGACGGUGAGUUUGGAUAUUUGCGGGAACAACGUGCUGAACAAUGAUAAGAACAGUAGCCAACAGCUGGCUCAGUACAAGGAGGCGGGUGCCAGCGCAGCCAAGGUGGACAACCAUAACAACCCCCCCAACAUCCUCCCCAUCUCUGGGAAGAUGGAGCAGGUUCAGAGCAAUGAUGGAUUGGUCCGCCCGUCGGCCUUUAAGCCUGUGGUGCCCAAGAGCUUCCACUCCAUGCAGAAUCUGGUGUGCCCCCCCCAAACCGGAGGAGUGGGCCGCAGUGCCGGAGGAGGUGCUGCAGGUGGUGGGUGUCCCAGUGUAACAGGACCCCUCAGAGACACAGACAGCCCUAGCAGCCGGGGUGGAGGUGGAGGUACCAGAGGCGGAGGAGGGGGUGGCAGCAGGGGCGUAGGCCAGGGGAGCCUAUCUGACUCAGGGAGGAAUUCUCUAACCAGCCUGCCCACCUAUGCUGGCUCGGGCUAUGGGCCCCCGCCUGUCCUGGGGCCCCUGAGCGCCUCUACCAGCCACAUCAACCGCCUGGGGGCCACGGGGGCCCUGGAGAAGUUGGAAAAGCCUGGUGGAGUUAGCGGUAGCGGCGCUAAUAGUGGUUACCAGAACGGACUGAGCGCCUCGGAUAGUGGUCGUUCCUCCUCCGGGAAGAGCUCCUUGUCCUAUCAGAGGCUCAGCCACCUGAGUGACGCCCCCGCACCGCUACGCCCCUCUCCCUCCUCCGAUGACGUCAUCCAGGACCUGGAGGACCGGCUAUGGGAGAGAGAGCAAGAGGUGCUCCACAUGCGCCGUAACCUGGACCAGAGCGAGGCGGCCAUCGUCCAGGUGUUUGAGGAGAAGCAGCGCGUGUGGGAGCUCCAGAUGGACGAGCUGCGGCAGAACUAUGCCUCGCGCCUGCAGCAGGUGACGCGUCGCGCCCAGCGCUCCCAGAGUGCCUUGCAGGCCCAGAUCAGCCGUCUGUCGCAGGAUAAGCGGCGCCUGCAGGAGGAGAUGGCUGCACUGCUGGCCCAGAGGGAGGAGCUGGAGAGGAAGUGCCUGGACUACAGGAAGGAGCAGGCUGACAUCCUGCCUCGCCUGGAGGAGACCAAGUGGGAGGUGUGUCAGAAGGCGGGGGAGAUCUCCCUGCUGAAGCAGCAGCUGAGGGAGAGCCAGGCGGAGGUGACCCAGCGGGCGGGGGAGAUGGUGGCCCUGCGGGGCCAGCUGAAGGAGGCCAACGCCCAGCUGAGGGACCGGGAGGAGGCCAUGCUGGGCCUCAAGGACUCUUACAGCACUAAGAGCCUGGAGCUGGAGCGCUGCGAGGGGGAGCUGCAAAGGACGCUGACCGAGGUCUCUCUGCUGAGGGACAAGCUGGGCAUGUUUGAGGCUGAGGUGGUGGGGCUGAAGCGGGCCCUGGGUGAGCUCAGUGCGAGGGAUAGGGCUAUCGAGGCUAGGGGUGGAGGUGGCAGAGGGAGCAGGGAAGUAUCCAGGACCAGAGUGGGGCUUUCCUCCCCACACAGCCCACUUGAGGGUUCUGCCUUCUCCUACCCGGCCCUGCCUCCACCCCCUGUACCUCCCCCAGAUGCCAUACUGAGUUUGCAGAGCGAUGAAGCUAAAGUUCAGCGUCAGGAGGCCCACCAGCGUCAGGAGGCCCACCAGCGUCAGGAGGCCCACCAGCUUCAAGAGGCUCAAUUGCGGCAGGAAAUCCACCAGCAGCGCCAGGAGGCCCAUCAACAGCACCAGGAGGCCCACCAGCAGUGGGAGGAGGCGGGGGAUCUGCGCCGGCAGCUGGAGCGCCUCCAAGGCGAGCUGCGUCUGGAGCGGCAGCAGCGCGAGCGACAGGCACUCACCUUCAAGAAGGAGCGCCACGUGUGGAUGGACGAAAAGGAGCGUGUGCUCAAGUACCAGGCCCAGCUGCAGCUUAGCUACGUGGAGACCCUGCAGAAGAACCAGGCCCUGGAGCUCCGCGUGGGCCACCUGGGCUCCAAGCUCACCUCCACCAACACCACCCCCUCGCCCACCUCACCACCCCCACUGUCCCUUGCCCCCAUCCCCCUGCCCGCCCCCGUCACCCCCCUACCCUCCCUCUCUCUCUCCCCACCUCCCCUCGCCGAGGACAAGAAUCUCCCCCCCACCCUCCACCAGCUGGCCCCGCCCUGGCCGGUGCCCACCCGUCUGGAGAGGAUAGAGUCCACAGAGAUCUAG